AUGGACAUGGAUGUCUUCAGAGGGCCGUACGCGGGCGAAGCAGUCAUGGAUUUUGACGAAGCGCCUGGCCACGAUAUGGACUAUGACUACCCCUACGCUCUCGAACGGGGUGAAGAAUCCAUCGAUGACCCAGCAUUAUCGGAAGCCGACUUGACCAUCGACGACAUUGCAGAAAAAGAUAAAGAGGAAUUGCAAAUGGCUGUUGAUCGGGCUGUGGAAGCAGCAGAUAUUGUAGAGCGGCUGGAGGCGAGUAAUACUUCAGCUCCGAAGACGGUGACGGAGUUGGAGAAGAGGUUGGGGACAGUGUAUGGGAAGAGGGUUAGGAGGGUUGCAAGGCAUGUGUGGCAGGAGAGGAUGAAAGAGUAUUUGCGAGAGAUGGAGGCCGCGGACUCGAACGUUCUCCGAGCAACGAGGGCGGGGUUACAAGCUAGGCUGGCACACUUCAGACCGGAGGAUAUAUUUGUGGAGGAUGAUGAAAUGAAGAACGGGAUCGGCCUCGUGAAGCAAGAAAGAAACUUCGCGGCUGAAGAGCUUGAGAGAGGUCCCGAGAAAGGCCCUCAAGAUAUUGUAGUCAAUGAGAUGCAAGAGUUGGACGAGCUUAACAGUUUAUUUAAUUCGGACGUAGAUCAUCCCGGGGAGCGGCCAGAUAACACGGACGACGAGGAUGGCAAUUUCUACGGACGCACGCCGCCAGCGACAUACGUUGAGCCGGUGGAUGUUGUGGAUCCAACUCCUCCACACAGUGAAACGCUGAUGACCCCUAAUCUUGACGAUAUUCUCUCAACACUUCAAACGCACGGCGGUGCACUUACCCAUCCUCACCCGCUACAGGCUGUCCUGCAAUCGAUAGAAGUCAGCGAGACGCAAUCCGCCGUCACACAGCCAGGCUCUACAACCGUCGAGAAAACGACAAGUACCCAAAUCAAGACGGAAAACUCACUUACAUCGAAUAUUCCUGGUAUUGGUGUAGGGCAGGCAUCGCACCCUGGUCAGGUGCAAGAUCUGCCCAAAGGAAAACUAUACUCCUCGCCACUACCGAAACGCAAGGCCGAGAUUGAACCGGGCUCGUCACCAAAGCUGGGAGAGGCCGCGGGAGAGAAAAAGAGAAGUGCUGCAUCUGAGGAUCGCGUCGAGGAAACGAAGAAAGUUACAAGCGGACGGUCACUUGCUCCGCAUCGAGAGCCAGAUGUUCCACCAACAAAGAAAUCGAAGCUAGUUAAGGAGGUUGACCCCGUCCUCGCCGAGCUUGAAGGUAAAGACCAGAAAGAACAGGAAGACGUGUUGCGGAAGACGAGGACAAGGGGGAUUUCGAGGUCGAGAUCGGGGACGCCAGUGCCGGCAUACAAGGAGACAAGUGAGGACGAGGACGAGGAGGGUGAUGAUAUGGAUGAGGAUGAGGAUGAAGAGAGUGAUAGGAAGGGUAAAGGGAGGGCUGUGGCGAAAGGAAAGGGGAAGAGGAAGAAGAAGGCGGAUGAGGAGUGGGGUGGAGGGAGAGGGAAGAGGGGGAAGAAGAGAGUAGAGUAA